AGCCAAGGCAGGAAACGAAAACGGAGCACUUCGACAAACCGAGGAGACUCACAGUCCGUCAAAUCCUCAACUUCGAAAAAUAUCGGUCCAUAUCAUCGGACUUUCCCACAACAUCUGAUUGAUCACGGAAUAUACCCACAUUUGUAUAAGUUUUUGGAUGGAAGCAUCGCUUCAAAGCCUAGUAACUGGAAUGAGAUAGUAUCCAAACUCUCCAGAUGGCGGGGGUCGCUUUCAUCCUCUACUUCCAAAGAGGAUAAUUUUGAAGAGUUUCUGCGAGCAGACGUAGACGCGCCCAAGGAAAUGCAAGUUGCAGAGACAGUAAUCCCGUUCAUUGAAGGCAAAGUCCCGGAUAAUAAAUGUGUCUGUGGUGCUCUCCCUUUCUAUAAUCUUGACCCUCUCACAGAUGGAACACUAGUUUCGGGUAAUCCUGAUCGCUACUACGGGUCGCGACCUGAGGCGCUCAAUCGCCAAAUUCGACUUGAACUUGAUGCCACCAGAAAAGAUCUACCGCUU